CAGCGUCCUGUGCUGGAAUGUGCGGCUCCCGCGAGCUCGCGGCGCAACAGCAGACCGGGCGCCGCCGAGGCCGCGGGCCCCAGACCGGGGCAGCGGGGAGCUCUGGGACGGCAGGACGAGGGCCGGCGGUCUGAUCCCGCUCCGCGAUCGCCCCGCGGAUCUCGCGGGCCUCGGCGCUCAACUUUUCCCCGCUCUCCCUCCCCCUCCCCCGAAAGUCCAGCAACAAAGAAAAGGAGUUGGGAGCGACGGCGGCGGCGACGCGGGGGCGGCGGUCCGUGAGCGCGCAGGCGAGCGGUGUGCAGUUAUGGCCACCCAGGUGAUGGGGCAGUCUUCUGGAGGAGGAAGUCUGUUCAGCAGCAGCGGCACCAUGGGCAUGGCCUUACCUACCGAUAUGUAUGACUUGCAUGACCUCUCCAAAGCGGAACUGGCUGCACCCCAGCUCAUCAUGUUGGCCAAUGUGGCCCUGACUGGGGAGGUCACUGGCGGCUGCUGUGAUUACCUGGUGGGUGAAGAAAGACAGAUGGCAGAAUUGAUGCCUGUGGGGGACAACCACUUCUCAGACAGCGAAGGGGAAGGACUUGAAGAAGCUGCCGAACUGAAAGGUGACCCCAGUGGGCUGGUAAGCGUGGGACUGAGAAGCUUGGAGCUCAGUGCGGUGGAGCCACAGCCGGUACUUGAAGCAUCAGCUGCCCCAGAAAUGUACAACUCAAGGAAAGACCUCCCUCCCGAAACGCUUGGGACGGAGGACAAAGGCAAGAACACGAAGGCCAAGCCCUUUCGCUGCAAGCCCUGCCAGUAUGAAGCCGACUCCGAAGAGCAGUUUGUACAUCACAUCCGGGUUCACAGUGCGAAAAAGUUCUUUGUGGAAGAAAGUGCCGAGAAACAGGCCAAAGCCAGGGAAUCUGGCUCUUCCACGGCCGAGGAGGGGGAUUUCUCCAAGGGCCCCAUCCGCUGUGACCGCUGUGGCUACAAUACCAACCGGUAUGAUCACUACACGGCUCACCUAAAACACCAUACCAGAGCUGGGGAUAAUGAGCGUGUCUACAAGUGUAUUAUUUGCACGUACACAACAGUAAGCGAGUAUCACUGGAGGAAACACUUGAGAAACCAUUUUCCGAGAAAAGUCUACACGUGUAACAAAUGCAACUAUUUUUCAGACAGAAAAAAUAAUUAUGUACAACAUGUUCGGACUCACACAGGAGAACGCCCUUAUAAAUGUGAACUUUGUCCUUACUCGAGUUCUCAGAAGACACAUCUAACUCGACACAUGCGUACUCAUUCAGGUGAGAAGCCAUUUAAAUGUGAUCAGUGCAGUUAUGUGGCUUCAAAUCAGCAUGAAGUGACCCGACAUGCAAGACAGGUUCACAAUGGGCCGAAACCUCUUAACUGUCCCCACUGUGACUAUAAAACGGCAGACAGAAGUAACUUCAAAAAGCAUGUGGAGCUGCAUGUCAACCCACGGCAGUUCAACUGCCCCGUGUGUGAUUAUGCAGCUUCCAAGAAGUGUAAUCUACAGUAUCAUUUCAAAUCUAAGCACCCUACCUGUCCUAAUAAAACCAUGGAUGUCUCAAGAGUGAAACUGAAGAAAACCAAAAAGAAGGAGGCUGACUUGCACAGUAACAACACCACCAGUGAAAAAACAGAGACAGAGCAAACAAAGACAAAGGGGGAUAUGUCUGGAAAGAAAAACGAGAAACCUGUAAAAGUAGAGAAAAAAGAGAAGAAGUCUUGUGGCAGUGUUGCAGUGGUCCAGGUAACUACCAGAACUCGGAAAUCCGCCGCAGAGACGAAAGCUGCAGAGAUGAAACGCGUAGAUGUACGUGCAGGAAACAGUUCAGACACAUCCAGUAACACCAAGAAAAACAAAAGAAAGACGGAGGCUGAAGCCCGCUCCUCAGAUGAUCCUGUGAAUGAGGAGCCAGUGCCGAGAAAGAAACAGAAGACAGAGAGCAAAUCCAAAAACAGACCCGAAGUGCCAAAGGGGGACAGCAGAGUGGAGGAGGGCAAGGGGGACAAUAAAAAGCACAAUAUUCCUAUCAAGAAAGGUUCAAAGAAGAAAACUGUAAAAAGUAAACCAAGUAAGAAAGGCAGCAGACCUGCUCAGGAGACUCAGAAGGAGACAGCUCAGACAGAGCCUCCCUCCGUAGAGCUGACUGGUGAGGAGGUCUCUCCAGUUCCUGCGCUCGCUCAGGUUGUAGUCACUGUGACAGGGUCCACUCAGACAGGGCUUCCUUCUCUAAUGGAGAUAGCUCAAACAGGGCCUGUUCAGAUGGAGGUUUCCCAGACAGGGGUUCCUCAGGUGGAGCUGCCCCCUCCAGUGGCGCCUACUCAGAGUGAGCUGCCAUCUCCCAUGGAGACUGCCCAGAGCGAGCUGCCAACUCCCGUGGAGCCUGCUCAGUGUGAGCUGCCAACUCCCGUGGAGCCUGCUCAGAGUGAGCUACCAUCUCCCAUGGAGCCUGUUCAGAGUGAGCUGCCAUCUCCCGUGGAGCCUGCUCAGAGCGAGCUGCUAUCUCCCAUGGAGACUACUCAGAGCGAGCUGCCCCCUCCAGUGGAGCCUGCUCAGAGUGAGCUGCCAUCUCCCAUGGAGCCUGUUCAGAGUGAGCUGCCAUCUCCCAUGGAGCAGUCAUCUUUGAUGGAGCCACCUCAGGUGGGACAUUGUCAGAAAGAGUUGCCUUCUCUUUUGGACUAUGCUCAAAUGGAGGUUGCACAGACAGGGCCUACUCACAUGGGAUCUGUUCAGGAGGAGCUUCCCGCUGUCUUGGAACCACCUCUUCAAGUCAAGCCCAUUACUAAAAGGUCAUCUCCCCGAAAAGAUAAGACGAAGGAGAAGUUGAGCAUACGGCGUGAGAUGCUGCGGCAGGAACAAGUCCUUAUUGAAGUUGGCUUAGUGCCUGUUAGAGAGAGCCAGCUUCUAAACGAAAGCAAGAGUGCUCAGGGUCGUCCAGGACCCUCUUUACCACUGCCAAAGGGAAACUCAAGAAGAGAAGAGACACCCAAGGACCAAAACAUCUCUGAGGAGGAAGGAAUAGCACCUCUCAAAGUAGGGACUGAGGAAGCCUGCAAGAGCCAAACUGACCUUGUUGCUCCAAAGGAAUCUACCAGUGUGUUAUCCUCUGAGCAAAAUUCAGAUGUGCCAGAUGGUGAAACGCUGCAUGCUAAGUGCCAGACAGGUUCAGCUGGGGCUCGUGAAAUUGAAGUGGACGCUGAGCAGAACACAGCAGACAAUGUCCCUGUGAAGGACUCAGCAGUCGAGCCAGGGUCACCAGUGCCUCGUCUCCCAUCAGCAGAACGUGAAGUGGCAUCACCAGCUGUAGUGGCCUCACCUCCCAUCACUUUGGCUGAAAACGAGUCUCAGGAAAUUGAUGAGGAUGAAGGCAUCCACAGCCAUGACGGAAGCGACCUGAGUGACAACAUGUCAGAAGGCAGCGACGACUCCGGGCUGCACGGAGCUCGGCCAGGGCCACAGGAAGCUGCUUCAAAAAAUGGAGAGGAAGGGUUGGCAGUUACUUUAACUGAGGGAGAUUUUGUUUGUAUUUUCUGUGAUCGUUCUUUUAGAAAGGAAAAAGAUUACAGCAAACACCUCAAUCGCCAUUUGGUUAAUGUGUACUUCCUUAAGAAGGCAGCUGAGGGGCAGGAGUAGACCCGAAGUGCGGUUCCUGGUGUGAGCACGUCUCUGCUUCUAGUUUGUUAAGGCAGGAGGCAAAUGCAAGCUUGCUUUACAUAGUGCCCAGUGCUGAUUUUGAAGUGACAUUCUUUUUCUUAGGAUUGUGUCUUAUCUAUUGACUGUUGGAUAAAUCUUAGCAAAGCCUAGGAGGUUAAUGUAAGGAAACAGACACUUAAAUCUGUUAGCGUGUGCAGUCGAGUGGAAAGAGGAAGGCAAGAUAUUAGAACAUGCUUUCUUGCCUUGUUCACCUGCAGCCUGUCAGUUUUUUCUGUCUUUUUCACUUUAGUUUCUAUUUUUUAGUUCCUUGUUCAGAUUGAUAAAAAUUGGCGUAGCAAAUUACUUGAAGAAUUUGCCUGCUUUAUAUAAAUAAAGUUAGCACUUUAAAGUUUCUUUAGAUCAGAAAAGACAUUUAAAUUGAAGAAAAAUUCUUUGAACAGUGGCCAUUGUAUCUGUCCAGGUAACUGCUUCCUGACUGAACGGUCAAUAUGUUGUUUGUAUGUUAAUCAUUAUAAAAAGUGAUUUUGGUGUUUUUUAUUUUGGUGCUUUACUGGCUUAAUAUGUUGCACAUGGUUUUUGUUUUUUAACCUAUGCAGUUAAUUCCUCCCCUCUAGAAAUAGCAUUGUGUUUAAUAGUAACACUUUAUCCAUAUAUGCAUGUUUUUUUCUUUUGGGGGUGUGCUUUUAGGCUUGUUUGCAAAGGGCUGUUUUCCUUUUCUUUGCAAUUGUCUUUUUUGCAGAACUAUAGUGUGCGAGGUUAUAAGCAAUGGAACAUGCAGGUUCAAUCCAUUGUUUUUUUUAUUAUUUUAAUUUUAAUUGCUUAUCUAUGCCAGAAUCAGUUUCAUAUAAGUUAUUUUGAAUGGUGAGCAUAUGUGUAAUUCACAGCUCUCUGGUCUGACUUCCAGUAAGCCACGAGAUCCCAUAUUGACAAAAUUUAAUCUCAUAUCAGCCAUUAGAGUUUUUUUUUUUCUUUUGCUGAUUCUAGCUUAUCUCUUAGAGAGUGAUAAAUCGUUCUUUGAAGAGUUUAUUUUUUCAAUAGAUAUUUGACGUUGGGAUGGACGCUCAGCUGAGUAAAGAACUCCAAGUGAUUGGUGGAAACAGCAAACCUGGACCAGACAUAGCGUUCAAACUAUAGAAUAUCACUUGUGAGAAAGCCAUCAUGGCCACAUGGCUAACUAGAAUGGAGUACUAAGAUCUGGCCAACAGCUGCAUCUUCCAGUGAGUACCUGAACUGGGCUGAUGUUCAUACUUUCUCAGGGAUCUCCACAAACUAGUGGGUGUCCUCACUGCCCCUGUGAGACAGCCUCUGUACAGGAGAGGCCUCCAGCGAACUGUAGCCAUCCCGGUGUCCUCUGCGACACUGCUGAGAGGCUGCGCGCUCCAGCUCCAGAACUGGCUCUCUGUGCUCUUUGUCAGUGCCAGAAUGUGAAAUACUCCAACUUGGGAUAUUUUUUUUACUGGUAGUAGCAACAAAGUAAGAUCCCAAGCGGGACUUGUGACAUUUUGGUGGUCAUGUUCUGUUUGGAAAUAACCUCUCUGUAUUGCAUUUAUUUUCUUUUACCUGGCGAUCUCUGAGCAGGCUUCAGAUUUUGACAGUUCAUGAAAGAUGAUAAGCAUUAAUGUAUGUGUGAAAAGCUUAGGGAAAUUCUGAGUGAAGUUUUAGUUAAAGUUGGUUGAACUUGGGAUAGACUGGGAGGCCAAAGAUUUAAAAAACAGAAGAUUCUCUGAAAACACAAGUUGUGUGAUAACAGUGUGUGCUUUGUGUGUGUGAAUGAGGAUUUGUAAGUGUUGAAUUCUAGGCUCCGACAAUCAUUGUCAGUGCAGAUCAGACUGCAAGUAUUUAUGUUUUAAAACUUAAAUUAUAAAGCUAGUUAAGUCUUUCUAACAACUAGUUUUAAUGUUCAUGAGCAUGUUUUACCUAUGUUACCUAUUCAAGAUGUUGGUAAAGAUGCAUCGCAAGCACAGGUGGGAGGCUGGGAGCUAGCUGGUUUUGAGGAAGAGGCCUUUGUGGAGUCUUUCCUAUAGCAAAGGAAGGAAAACAGUGCCUUCUGGGACUGAACUAAGUUUUAAUUUGAGAUUGGAAGUCAAAAACAAAAAUAUAAAGGAAAUUGAAACCUCAUUAAAUUUAUCUUUGAAGCAUUGAAAUGAAAUUGAGGGGGACUUUUGAGGCCUUGUUCCAGAAAACAAGGACUUGGUUGUCAGGCCUAUAUUAGGCCUAAACCUUGGUGCCAUUGUUUGUACCUAAAUUGUUUCAAUGGAAAGUACAGUUUAGAGUUCUUCCAUUUGAAAACUGAUUUUUGCAUGGGAUUGUUUGAUCUUGUUUUCUAGUCUCUCUUCCCGUUACCAACUUCAUAGUCUGAAGGUAGAUUUUUCUCUUGAUAAAGGAACAAAAAAAGUGAACAUCUUAUUUGUAAAUUGAUAUCUAGUAACUAGUGAUAAACUUGAAAUGGUAGAAUUCUUUAAAGCCUAAUUUUUGGUAGCCUUAGAAAAAUGUAUCUUAAUUAUUUUUGAACCUGUAUUCACCUUGUUUUUUCAUAUAUCUUAAGUUAUAUUUUCUUUUCAGAGCUGCUUAUUUGGGGCUACUUUUUUUUGAAAUUGAGGCGUAAUUCAUAAAAGAGGGUACAUCGUUUUGAUGAUAUUUUUACAACGUUGUCUGGAUGUCUUUAGUCUUCCAAGAAGGGCCAUUUUACUUUUAGAGUUACAUUUAAAGUCUUGAGGUAACACUUGGACCACUUUGCAUGUAAGCGCUAAUGCAAAUUAAAACCUGAGUUGACCUCAAGCCGUUCACUCUAUGAAGGCUGACAGCGAGAGGAACACAGCCUGUCGGUAAACUGUUUCUUGUGGGCUGAAGAUUUUUUUUUUUUUCAAAAAAUCAAGGUAUAUUCUAGGGUUUCCUGGUUGACCUCAAUAGAUAAACUUCAGAAAUGCUCUGAAUGUGUUAGGUUUACAGUCUACGUACAUGGCUGGCUAAGUGAGAUGGCUUUUACAGUUCUGCAUGUAUCCCUUAGGCUCCCCAUUAGUUACUGAACCUCUAAAACUGGUAUUGUAACAUUACAACAAUGUUUUGCGCCAAUUUUAUAAACCUUUACAGUGCAAUAUGUGUUACUUUUCUGAGGCAAACCAAAGGUGUAUUUCUCAAGGUUCUGCUGCCGUCAGCAGCGUUUGAUGGAGGAUCUUUUAUACAUUUGUAAUAGAUAGAAAUAAACCAGAUUGCAGUUUUCAUUUCCUUUUUUUUUUUUUUUUUUUUAAAUUGUAAACCAUGUACCAAGUUUCUGGUCAAGAUUGUGUAGGAUAAGUUAAACAUAAUUGCAUUCUGUUAACCAAUAUGAGUGUAUUUCUUAUGCAAAUAGUUACAUUGAAAUAAAGUUCUAAAAAACA